AUGGCCUCCGCAGGCUUCACGUCGUCCGCCAAUGGACGCACAGGCUUCAAUCGCAAGCAAGAGCGCAGUAACAGCGGCUUUGGCCUUAAAUUGGGCGCCAAGAAGAAGAAAAUGACCAUUAAACCGUUCAAAGUCACUCCAAAGUUGCCCGAAGCGUUCGAACACGACACCUGGACCAAACUGGAGGCUGCUGUACACGCCGUACACGGCAAACAGAUGUCUACGCUAAGUAGAGAAGAGCUCUACCGCUCCGUGGAGGACAUGUGCACGUGGAAGAUGGCUGCCAGACUCUACACGAGGCUAGAAGAGACGUGCUCGCUUCAUAUCCGCGAAAGAGUCGAAGAUCUCGCACAAUACACUGGCGGAGACAUGAAUCUGUUCCUGGAGGCCGUGCACCGACUCUGGGAGGACCAUUGUGAGGACAUGCUCGUGAUUCGCACCAUUUUUCUCUACUUGGACCGCACCUACGUCAUGCAGACGCCCCAUAUCGCCUCCAUUUGGGACAUGGGGCUCAAUUUGGUGCGUGACAAUCUGGUGCAACGUCGAAGCCUGGAGACCAAACUCAUUGACGCAUUAUUGGAGCUCGUGGAGCACGAACGCAAGGGAGAAGCCAUCAACCGCAGCUACCUGUACAAUCUGCUACGUAUGUUGCUGUCUUUGCACUUGUAUCACGCAGAUUUCGAGACACCUUUCUUGAUGGCUUCAGAGAGGUUUUAUCUGCAAGAAGGAGCCGCCAAAGUCGAGUGUGUGAGUGUCCAGCAGUUCUUAGUGCACGCGGAGAAGCGUCUACAUGAGGAGACGGAGCGUGUGAAUCACUAUUUGGACGCGUCGACCAAGAAACAACUCGUGUCGGUGGUCGAAAACAAGCUGCUGAAGCCUCAUGUGGCUACAUUGCUGGAGCGAGGCUUCGAAACGUUGAUGGAGGAAGGCAGACUCGACGAUUUGAAGCGCAUGUACGCGCUCUUCGCACGUGUGGAGGCGAUUAAUGACCUCAAGACGGCGUUCUCGAGUUAUAUCCAGAAGAACGUGUCCAAGUUGGUGAUGGACGAUCAACAGGAGAAGACGUUUGUGGAGAAAAUACUCAAGCUGAAGGCGGAUUUGGACGCUGUACUGAGCGACUCGUUCCAGGCGAACUCGAAGUUUGCGUUCGCUAUGAAAUCAGCCAUGGAGAAUGCCAUUAACGUGCGAGCGAAUCGUCCUGCUGAGCUGGUUGCCAAGUUUGUGGAUUCCAAGCUUCGAACGGGGAACAAAGGAGGCUCGGAGGCGGAAGUGGAGAGUCUGCUGGACCGCGUAAUGGUCAUCUUUCGAUACAUCCAAGGCAAAGACGUGUUCGAGGCUUUUUACAAGAAAGACCUGGCUAAACGCUUGCUGGUUGGGAAGAGCGCUUCGUUCGACCUGGAGAAACUCAUGCUGUCCAAGCUCAAGACGGAAUGUGGCAGCUCCUUUACGAACAAGCUCGAGGGAAUGUUCAAGGACAUCGAUCUGUCUCAAAACGUGAUGACACAGUUCCAACAACACGCAGCUAGCAGAAACGCAUUGGAGGCUUUGCACGGGAACCGCGGCGUUCCGGACAUGCAGGUUCAGGUUCUGACGACUGGAUUCUGGCCUCCAUAUGCUGCUGUUGAGAUCAACCUGCCGGCUGCGUUGCUGCCUCUGAAGGAGAUUUUUGACAAGUUUUACUCGUCUAAGUAUCAAGGUCGACAGCUGCAGUGGCAACACUCUUUGGCUCAAUGUGUGGUCAAGGCGACGUUCCCCUCGGGCAAGAAAGAACUUGUGGUGUCGCUGUAUCAGACUGUGGUGUUGCUGUGCUUUAAUGGAGCGGACUCGCUGGGCUUUAAGGAGAUUAAGGAGCAAGCACGUAUCGAAGAUGGAGAGCUGAGACGGACGCUGCAGUCUCUGGCGUGUGGGAAGACGCGUGUGCUGCAGAAACAACCGAAGGGGAGGGAGAUCAACGAUGAUGACACGUUCGAAUUCAACUCGAAGUUCGCGAACCAGCUGAUUCGCAUCAAGAUUAACUCGAUCCAGAUGAAGGAGACCAAGAAGGAGAACGAAGACACCCACGAGCGCGUGUUCAGAGACCGUCAGUACCAAGUGGAUGCUGCUAUUGUGCGCAUCAUGAAGGCGCGGAAGAAGUUGUCGCACGCGCUGCUGAUGACGGAGAUCUUCACGCAGGUUCGGUUCCCUGCCAAGGCUGCAGAUAUCAAGCGUCGUAUCGAGAGCCUCAUCGACAGAGAGUAUCUCGAGCGAGACUCGAGCAACGCCCAGAUGUACAACUAUUUAGCGACCGACACCCAAUUUGGGAAUGGUUUGUUCUCGCUUGGUCUUGCGAGGUUGGACGCAGUGUUGUUCCUCCGACCAAUCUCCAAAAUGCCCCCCAGCAAGGACAUUAAAGCAUCGGCCACACGACCGGCCAAGUUUUCCAAGGCGAAAGUGACAUCAAAAACCAAAACAAAGGCCAAAGCCAAGAUCAGGGAACCCGAAAAAAUAAUAUGCUUUAUGGCUGCCAGCAACGGGAACGACCCCAAUUUUGAUACUGCAUUUUCGGGUUCCCUGUCCAAGAUCAAGCUCAAAGCCAAGGUUUCUCCGACGAAGGUCAAAUGCGCGGCCUCCAGCUACACCCAAAACUACCGAUACACCAAAGCCCACAUUGUGACAAGACACAGAGCUGCGGCGUCCAAAAGCUCUACUUCUGAAGAUCUCGUGACGAUCUACGUGUUGGCGCUGACUAAGGGCAAGUAUUACGUCGGUAAGACAGCACGCACGAACGUCGAUGAGAGACUAGAAGAGCACAAGAAGGGCAAGGGCUCAGCUUGGACGCGACUCCAUCGACCCCUUCGAAUUGUCGAAAUCAUCCGAGAUGCGGAUCCUUUCGACGAGGACAAGUUUACCAAGAAGUGUAUGCUCAAGUACGGCGUCGAGAACGUUCGUGGAGGCAGCUACUCGCGCGUGGAUUUGACUCGAAGUGAGCUUGACGCAGUGUCGCAACAGCUGCGUGGCAGCACCGACCAGCAGGCAUUCCGAAAUAAUCAUUGUAUUGCUGCUUCAAUACAAUAG